AUGCCUCACGCCAUCACUCCAGACCCUCCGGACUGCAUGGUUGUAGAAACCGUAGAUGUCCACUCCGACCACGCUCAAUGGAAGUGCAAGAACUGCGGAAACAAGGAUGAACUAGAAACUGAGAAAUUCGGUUUCUGUCUCAUUGAAAAAGAUGAAAACGCUUGGGUCGUGACAAGCCAGGGACAGAUAUUUAGACAAGUUUGUGGGAGGGACAGUCAGGGUCGACCAAUCUAG